AUGUCUACUAUUAAGCCACUGAAACUAUAUGGAGGCACUUUCCCAGCCAACCCGUUCAAGGUUGCUCUUGUCCUCGAAGAGCUCGGGCUCCCUUAUGAGACCGAGCAGGUCUCUGUAGCGGAAAGAAAACAAGCACCGUUUACCAAAAUCAACCCCAACGGCCGUACCCCUGCCCUUUAUGACCCAAACACCGACUUGAAAAUCUGGGAAUCAGGUGCAAUCGUCAGUUAUCUUGUUGACAAGUACGACAAAGACCAUAAAAUCGGCUUCCCUCGAGACAGCAACGAAUACUACCUUGCAAACCAAUGGCUUCACUUCCAAAUGUCUGGGCAAGGCCCUUACUUCGGCCAGUAUUUCUGGUUUCUAUCGUAUCACCCUGAGAAGGUCCCAAGUGCGGUAGACCGGUAUUACAAUGAGAUCAAUCGCGUGACGACUGUCUUGGAAAAAUGGCUUGCUGGCAGCGAGGACGGUGGUGAUGGCAAAGGUCCACGGAGCUAUAUUAUGGGUGAGAAGUGCACCUAUGUGGACCUGGCGCUUCUCCCGUGGCAGAUCUUCCCCACUAAGGUGGUAUGGAAGGGUAAACUUGACCCUGAGACUGAAUUCCCGAAUAUGAUGGCUUGGAUGAAGCGGAUAGAGGCUCGCCCUUCCCUUGCACGCUUGCUUAAGGAGUUCUAUGCUGAAGCUGACCCGCUCAUUAAAGCUGCUGAGGAGAAUAUGGCGAAGGCUAGAGAGGAGGAGAAUCAGUAG